UCCGGGAUUGGAGGAGAACCGGAUCACGUGGGCAAAGCAGCAGGAAGCCGUGUGUUGGGAGAUCAGAGAGACACACUGAGGACUGUCAUGGAUGUGACACAAUGGUGACCGGCUGCUGGGGGGGACAGAAGGUUCUUCUUUGAUUUCUGCAUGCUGAGUUACUCUGUGAAACUGACAUGUUUGGUGGUUGCAAAGCCACAAAGAGGCUGUGUUGGGGUAAGGUGCUUUUUGCAUAUCUACUCCAAACCAGGAACCUCUCGGGUGCAGAUGCAGUCAAUGCUCUAAGACCUUUCUAUUUUGCUGUGCAUCCUGAUUUCUUUGGUCAGCAUCCAAGAGAAAGAGAGGUCAAUGAAAACUCCCUAAAACGGUUAAAUGGAUAUCUGGAGAAUCUUCAGAAGCCUGGACAUCAUUCACACAAGCCAGCCCAGCUCACAUUUUAUGUUCGAGAAACUGAGCAGAUUUCUGAGAAUGACCAAGAAUCCUCCAAAAUACCAGGAUUCCGAACGGUCAGCUUCACUUUAGAUAGCAGAGACCUGCUCAGCACGGUGUUGGGUAUUCUCAAUUCAUGCAGCUUAUCCACAGACCAUGUCCAGUGUUCGGUUAAAGGUACGGCAUCUCCAAGGAAAGGAGCAACCACAUUUUACAGACCCAUCAAGUGGAACAAGAGCUAUUAUGCCUUCACUGGAUUCAAGGACCCAGAGGCAGAACUGGAACAAGCACAUAGAGCAGAAAUAACUAUUAUUCCAUGGUUAGAAAGUAACCGAGAAGUAGCCCUAAAGAAGCUGCAAGACAGUAUUUCUCUAAGGGAAGAACUAGAACGUUUGAAGAAAGAUUUGUCCGACCAACUUCAGCUGUCUGAUGUCAGAUGGCAGAGAAGUUGGGGUAUCGCUCACCGUUGUGGGCAACUUCAUAGUCUAAGCCGACUAACUCAACAAAGCAGUGAGUCUUUAAAGAUGGCAAAGGGACGCGUAGUGAUAUUCACAGAUCGAACAGGCAUGAGUGCAGCAGGACAUGUAAUGCUAGGGACCACAGACGUCCAUCACCACUGGACCAGGCUCUUUGAAAGUAUACCGAGCUAUUACCUCCUUCAAGGAAAGGUACUGCAGCUACAGGACCGAGUCAGCCAUCUAUUAGGAGGUAUCGAAAUCAUGCACAUCGAAGAGAUGCAACCACUGCUAUCCAUAGAGGAAUAUUGCUCAGCCCUAGAUGCCUUCUGUAACAAGCUGCUGAAAAGAAGAGUUCCUAUCCAUCCUCGCAGUCUACGAGGCUUACAGAUGAUUUUGGAAAAUGAUCGUUUUGUGCCACGGUUACAUGAGAUGGGACACUUCAGCAUACCGUCUGUAUGUGAUCCUGCAUCCCUGCAAUGGUUUCUUGUGACGCAUGCACAGAAAGCCAGAGACAACUUGAAAAGGAAAGAGGAGUUAAAAUUUGUAGAACAGGAGCUGACCAAAGCUUGCAAGGCCAGAGCAUCUCUGAGCCGACUGUAUAAGGAGCCCAGUGUAUCCAGCAAACAAAUGAUUGACUGUUGUCGACGACUGAUUGAAGAACCAUUGCCUAGUCUGGAUGGCAUGCACCUCUGUGUCUCUCAUUACUACUCAAUUCUGCAAGAUGGAGACUUAUGUAUCCCCUGGAACUGGAAAAGCAAAUCAUAGCUUACCUCAGUAAUUGGCAAUCACACAUACUUUAAUAUACGCAUAGAUCUUUAAUAUCUAGACUCAACUACAUAUAUUUGUUAUGCAUUUUUGCAAUCGAGCAGUUCAGAUAUCAGUAUGUUCUACUGGACUGUGAAUACUGUAUUAGUGGAGAAUGACUGCAUUACAACCUUAAUGUACAAAUCAAAGAGAAUGUUAGCCAUGAUCUUUGGAAGUUCUAAUUGUUAUCUAUGAUAACGGAGACAAUGCUGGGCAGUACUGUAGUAGCUUAUUUAGGAAUAAAUGGUUUGGGUCAUGAAUAA